CUGAGCAGAGAGCGAGUCCAUUUAACAAGCGGAGAAGCCGAGCUUUUAAUGGUUCCCAUCAAAACCACUAAAACAUCAUCACACUCACCGAGAGGAUUCCUGUGGCGGACGCAUGCGGCAGCGGCAGCGGCAACAGACUCCCAGCUGACACGGUCCGACCUCAACAAACUGGAGGAGAGACAUUUUGGGAGUUUGGCCAAGCUCUUUACUUCCCCAGAGAGAAGAAGUUCGCCUUUGCUCAAGUUUUCUUCUUCUUCUUCUUCUUCCUCCUCUUGUUCUUGUUCGUGUUGAGUCAGGAUACUUGUUGUGGACAGAGCGACAGAAGUGGCCUGGCUCCUAAACAUCACCAGUCCCGCUCUCUGUGCCUUUAUCCCCCUCCCCGCACCGCAAACUUAUUCCCCCCCCCCUGUUUUCCUUGAAGCGACUUUGGUGUUUCAUGUUGACAAAUGUUAGCGGUCGGGCAAAUGGACGCUAACCGGCAGAGUGCGUUCGUCCUGGGCAGCACCCCGCUGGCGGCGUUGCACAACAUGACCGAGAUGAAGACGUCGCUGUUCCCGUACGCGCUGCAGCAGAGCCCCGCGGGCUUCAAGGCGCCGCAGUUGUGCAGCCUCAACUCGCAGCUCCCCGGCAGCACCCCGCACGGAAUAAGCGACAUCCUCGGGAGACCCAUCACCGCAGCGGGACAGCUGCUGUCCGGCUUCCCGAGAAUAAACGGCCUGGCCACCACCGCAGCGGCCGCAGCCGCCGCAGCAGCGGGGAUGUACUUCAGCCCGGCGGUGUCGCGGUACCCGAAGCCUCUGGCUGAGCUGCCGGGGAGGGCGCCCAUCUUCUGGCCCGGAGUGAUGCAAGGUUCCCCCUGGAGAGACCCGCGAGUUCCCUGCCCCAGUGUGUUUUUUUUAACAGGCCAAGCAAACAUCAUGUUGGACAAGGACGGGAAAAAGAAACACUCCAGACCGACGUUUUCAGGACAGCAGAUAUUUGCACUGGAAAAGACUUUCGAGCAAACGAAAUACCUGGCCGGUCCAGAGAGAGCCCGCCUCGCCUACUCUUUAGGGAUGACUGAGAGCCAAGUCAAGGUCUGGUUCCAGAACAGAAGAACCAAGUGGCGGAAGAGACACGCGGCGGAAAUGGCCUCGGCCAAGAAGAAGCACGACUCCGAGACGGAGAAGAUGAAGGAGAGCUCGGAUAACGAGGAGGACGACGAGUACAACAAACCGCUGGACCCGAACUCGGACGACGAGAAAAUCACGAGACUGUUGAAAAAGCACAAGGCCACGAACCUGGCGCUCAUCAGCCCGUGCAGCAACAGCUCGGACACGUUGUGAUGCCCACAGUGGGAGAGAGGGGAUGGAGGGGAGGGUGGGGGAUUAUAGGGCAAACGGGGUCCAAACAGACACUCAUCGCACUCUUUCGGACCCCAUUUCCACCUGACGUGACGAACACAUGCGUCUGUGGGCACCCACUACAUGAACUCACACACACAUACACACACACUGUGAUCGUGUUGUCAGUUAUAAAAAAAGAAAGAAAAGGACACAAAAUGUCGGACUAUAUAAAAACCCGAGGACGGUUUUACGCAUAGAAGUGGAGUUUUAACUACAACAACAACAACAACAGGUGUAAAUGUAAACAAACUUCAAUGUACAAUCCGGAUCAAUGUUGGACUUUGUUUUUGUUUGGUUCCACAACUCCGUCACUUCACUUUGAUUUUGUCACAGUUUAAAGUGAAGCUUUAACGUCUUGUUUGGUUUGUUUUUGGGGUUUCUUUUUUGGCAGUGAGUUUGCAUCAGAGCUGAUUCAGCAGCAGCAGUCAACACUGAUCCGGAUCCCAGACGCAUGUUUCAAAAAAAGAAGAAAAGAAAAGAAUAAAACCACACACACACAGAUAGAGAGAGAGGAGAGAGAGAGGAGAGACAGGUGUAAACGGGGCCUGUGAUGCUUCUAAAGCUCAGAUUAACCAGGGUAUCCACUGUUCUACAAGGAGACAGAGACAGACAGACAGACAGAGAGAGAGAGUAAAAAGUGGCGCAGGUUUGAGGUGAAUGAAUGAUUUGUGAUGUAGCCUAAUGAUGAGAAAUGUACGUGAGAUUGUAUAUAUAUUUUUUACUGAAUAAGUUAUGUUGUUUCCGCCUGCAGUGGAAACAUGGCAGCCUUUCUUUCUUUGUUUCUUUCUUUCCCUCCGUUUUCCGCAGAUCUGACGCGCUUAUUCCCUCCAAGAAAAAAAAGAAUCCGCUAUUAUUUCCGCACAGUUCCCUUGUUUUAUUUUAUUUUAUUUCAGCCAUCUUUUACUGUUUUCUUACACACACACACACACACGUGUAUAGACCUGUAAAUAACGACUGUAAAGGAAACUCGCUUGUUUUAACGACAUCCCAGCAGAAACACACACUUUUUACCCCCUUUUUUUUGCAUUUUAAUUUCAGAGAGAUUAUGUUUUUUUUUAUCUUCACCUCAUCACACUGCGGAACAGAAAACCACCAUCGUUUAUGUUGCAAUUAAAAGAGUAUUAUUGCUUCCGGGGAAGGUUAUAGGAAGAAAGGAAAAGAAAAAAACACUUUGUAUUAUGAAUAAAUUAUUUAACAAGCAAAUGAUCUUUUUUCUUUUUUGGUUUUUAUUGUGGGGGGUUUGUUUGAAUGUAUGGGCUUAAUAUAAAUUAAAGACAAAUUCAUGACUAUCAAUAA